AUGUAUGGUUCCGGUGACAACUACUUCGGCACAUUGAUUCCAUCGAUGCCAUACGAUGUUGGAGAGGGUCGGAAUCUGAUAUCGUCAGCUUCACCGCGCGCAUCUCAGCCGACACCACCGACGCAUAUUCCCGUUGACUUUGCUACGGCCUUGGCUCUGGCGGCGGCUUCAGCCGCAGCAAACAAUGGUAGCCUGAAUGGUGUCAACAAUAGUGGGAACAAUGGUGAAGCUAUUGAUGGGGAAAAAAUAAACUACUGUUCGAUCCCACCAGCAGGACUAAACGAUUAUCCGGCAAAUUGCUAUCCUCCUCCCCAGUCGACUUCUCCGGCUGAAUACAACGCAAUGUACCUCUCCCGAGGGACCGCAGGUGGUGGGAAUAGCACCUUUUAUCCUGGGCAUUCAUGGCCCUAUCAAAACGCACACCAGGAUUGUGACCCUGUUUACCAUCACGCUGCGGGGAGUGGAUUCGCCACAGGUGAUGCCCUUCAGGCUUCACCUUACAGUGCUCAAUUCGGCGAACGCGUUGGGCUAAAUGCUUCUCCCUACAUGAUGUACUCUAAUGGAAUCGCUGAUGACCUUGUUGAGCGAUUUAAUUGCGUCAGUUUGAACGAUGCCGUUGCGGCACAGCAACCUUACAUCUACCCCACAUCUCCGCUACAUCAAAGUGACCCACUAGUUGACAGUCAGUGGCAACAUUUUGUGGGGAAGGACCGUAACGGCUUCGCCGUCAUGGGACCAGGAGUUGGUCGGUUGGCUGAUCGUUAUCAGCAUGAUAGUGGUUGUUCGGGUGUCUCUCUCAACGGUGACGCCCAUCGUAAUUGGGCUCUCGGUAGUGUUAAACUUGGCAAUAGCCCUGCUGAUGCUUGUAACUGGCCCGGUACUAAGCGGUCACUCCACUUUACGCCAGGUGAUGUUGCUACUGUAAUGGGAAAUCCGGACACCUCUGGAGAUAUGAUGGGAUUCAGCUUCAGGCACAAUCGGCACCGCCCUCGAGUACAGAAGAACGGGGAGCGACCCGUUCCCUGCGCUCCUCGAGGAAUCAUCAGGGACGGUGUGUAUGAACGUCUAGCCGAUUCCAGUGCGAGCAACUUAGAAGAAGCAAUGAAUAAGCCUUCCGGUAUCAACAGUACUGGGGACUCUCUCCAAACUCGUCUCAUGCGUCAAAUCAAUCCACCGACCUUCAAUACCAACCCCUCGAGGGCUCGUUUCUUUGUUAUUAAGUCUUUCUCGGAGGACGACAUCCAUCGCUCCAUAAAAUAUUCUAUCUGGUGCUCAACAGAGGCAGGCAACAAGAAGCUGAAUGCAGCUUACACAGAGGCUGCUAAUGCUGGAGUGCCUAUCUAUCUGUUCUUCUCAGUCAACGGAUCUGGUCACUUCUGCGGAAUCGCAGAGAUGACCUCAGGUGUGGACUACGCAACCCGAGCGGGUGUCUGGGCGCAGGACAAGUGGCAGGGUCAAUUCUCAGUCAAAUGGAUAUAUGUCAAGGAUGUGCCAAACGUGGUGUUGAGGCACAUCCAUCUCGAAACCAAUGACAAUAAACCGGUCACGCAUUCGAGGGAUACUACCGAGGUGCCCUUAGAACAUGGACAGGAGGUCUUGGAGAUAUUUGCCAAAUAUGACAACGCUACCUCCAUUUUGAACGACUUUGACUACUAUGAGCGGAGGGAGCAGCAAGAGGUAACCGCUAUCAGACUUCCAGUCUAA